AAUACGUGCAUUCCGAGACGUGACCUAACGUGCUAUCUAUGUAUCCGUUUGAUAACACGUGAUAGAGGAGGAGCGGCACCAUCUUGCCCUCUGGUGACACUCUUCGGCUCGGUGGAAGGUUUCCACUGAUUGUACACAAUCAUCAUGGCGGCCCAGGAUGGAAGUGAUAUUGUAAUGCAAACGGACGUCGAGCCGAAAGAAGACGCUCCCGUGGGCGACUCGGACGAGAAGGGCGACUCGGACGAGAAGGGCGACUCGGCGUCCGCGUCCGAGGCGGGGAACGCCACCACUCAGGACUCUCCCAGCAUGAGCAACGGGGACGACGUGGAGGAGGAGGGCGAGACGGUAGACUUGAAGAUCAUCUGGAACAAGAUCAAAUACGACCUGAAGAUCCCUCUGGACAGCACCGGCGCCAAGCUGAAGGAGAGGAUCCACUCGCUCACCGGUCUUCCGCCGGCCAUGCAGAAGGUCAUGUACAAAGGCUUGCUACCGGAGGACAAGACGCUACGGGAGAUAAAGGUGACCAGCGGCGCCAAGAUCAUGGUGGUGGGCUCCACCAUCAACGACGUGCUGGCCGUCAGCACGCCCAAAGAGGUCAUGCAGCAGGAAGUGAAAGCAGAGGAAAACAAGAAGGAGCCUCUAUGCAGACAAAAGCAACACAGGAAGGUUUUGGACAAAGGUAAACCAGAAGACGUCAUGCCGGCUAUCAAAGGAACAAAAGAGCGACUACCGACAGUGCCUUUAUCCGGAAUGUACAACAAGUCCGGGGGGAAAGUAAGACUCACGUUCAAACUGGAGCAGGAUCAGCUGUGGAUCGGCACGAAAGAGAGGACGGAGAAGGUGCCGAUGGGCUCCAUUAAGAACGUGCUGUCCGAGCCUAUUGAAGAGCACGAGGGCUAUUACAUGAUGGCGUUCCAGUUGGGUCCUACAGAAGCGUCCCAGUAUUGGGUCUACUGGGUGCCUGUACAGUUCGUGGAUGCAAUCAAAGACACAGUCCUGGGAAAAUGGCAGUAUUUCUAAUGUGCCUCUUAGGUUUUUGUUUUUUUUAAUUUUUUUUUUUACAUUGAACUGGGACAAAGACAAGCGCAGCCGUCACGGAAGCGAGGAGAGCGUGAGAGUCAACACCACGCUUAAAGGAAAUUGCUUUCUCAGAAUCGAUCUGAAGGAAACUCGACUGACGUCUGUGGACAAAGAAAUAGUUUUUUUUUUUGUUGUUUUUUUAAAAGGAUUAAAACGUGCACUACAUGGCAGCGUAAACAUUUCUCAGACCCCCCCACGCGUCCCCCCAGCAUUUGUGGGGUUCGACAAGUCCAAUCCAAGGGAAAACACAGUGAAACAAUUGUACAGAAAUUGCUAACGCUUUUCUCCUGUUAUUCUUAAAGAAAUAAAAGUUAUUUAAUGAAAUGAUGAA